AGCUGAGUUUAAAGGCGAAAGAGAUCUGCAGAGCAACUGAACACUUGAAAUUAACCAGUCUGAGACCAAAUCAAGAAUAACUUGUGAGAAUUUUUUUUAUUUUGGAAGAUGGACAGCAACCUGAUUUUGAUUCUGACUCUUCUAAUAUUGGCAGAAACUAGUUUUAGUUUUCCUAGCCCUAUGAUUCCUCAAAGAUCAUUAAGAGAGAUUGUCAACAAGAGAAGACAGUUAAAUUACAUCAAAACUCUCCUUCAAGAUCUUGACGAUAAGUUGGAAAAGUUGGAGAAGCGAUCAUGCCCGAUUAACCUUCCUGGUAUGGACUGUGAUUAUGGUGAAGUGAGCGGAACUGGAAAAGAUGCCAUAGUCUGGUCAAGCAGCCUGGGUCCCGGAAAGAAACGCAGAUACAGAAGAGCUUUGCAGUAUCUUCUUUAAAUCUGCACAAAGAAACAUGCCAGAAUAUUUGUCAAGUUCAUGUGCAAAAAAUGCAUUUCGAUGAAUCGUCUAUACCCUAUGUCCAAGUUUCUUUUCAUCAACUGUUUGUUAAAAAUGAGUGUAUACUUUUUAUGUCAUUUGUGUUAAUAGACCAACAAUUAUUGAAGUAUUUUGAAUAAAUUUUCUUUUAUUUAAAUAACACUUACCCUGUAUGUAGUAUAAAGUUGAACAAGAAAUAUAUGUAUAUAUAAAAUUGAAUAAUUUACCAUGAUAUAUUAUCUCAUUAAUAUUUAAUUUUUUUUAAUCUUUAUUUUCAUACUUUACGUACAUCAUCAUAUAAACUUAUUAAUUAAUACAUAAUAGUCUUGAGUUUUAAUAUGAGAUCUUUUCUUUUCUGCAAUUUUCACUUUUUUUUUAUAUUUUAAACAAUAUCUGAUGCUUAAAUAAAAAUUAAAUUUAUGUAAAAUAAUCCAGCCUAAGUACAGUACUAUCUUAAUUUACGUGUUUUAUGUAUUGUAAUCUAUUGCUCUUCAUUGGCUGCUAGAAAUUUCAAUAAAUUAUGCAAUUUCGUAUACAACACGAAGAUUUUCAAUGCUUUUAAGAAGAUGUAAGGCCUCCCUGAGCCACAGAUCAAUGAAAAUGAAUAUGUGUGUAAUAAGUGAAUAGAUUUGUGUUGUACGUUAUAAAAUGUUAUUUUACCCUAU